UUUAUAAAAAAAAAAGAAAAAAAAAAGUCAACUUUUUUGACCGAUAUUGGCCGAUAUUGACCGACAUUUGACCGAAACGAUAAGUUCAGCCGAUAACCCAUAUAUCGUAUCAGUUGAAGGCCGAUAUCCGAUAUAUCACCGAUAUAUCGACCGAUAUGGCCGAUAUUUGCAACCAUGCCCAAGACUUUAGACUUCUUUGUCAAACUCAAUGAUGACUCUGAAGUACUAGUAUUAGGAAUUUGGGAUCUGAUGGCAAGUUCAAGGCAAUCAUUCAUUGAGGGCGAGGAUGAAGGAAAGGAGAGUCAAGUAGAUUCUGUUUUCAUGCAGUUGAAGGAAGCUGUUGCUGCCAACCCGGACGAUCCAUCUGCCCAUUUCAAUCUCGGUUUGCUCUUCUGGAAGCGGAUUGGAGAAGAAGCCAAGGAAAAAGCAGCAGAGCAUUUUGUGAUUGCAGCAAAACUCAACCCUCAAGAUGCAAAUGCUUUUAGGUAUUUGGGUCAUUACUAUAGCAAAGUUUCAGUUGAUAAACAAAGAGCUCUCAAAUGUUAUCAAAGAGCUCUCACACUUUCUCCUCAAGAUUCCGAAUCUGGGGAAUUGAUGUGUGACUUGUUGGACAAAGAAGGAAAAGAGAGCUUAGAGAUUGCCGUUUGUCGUGAAGCUUCAGGGAAGUCGCCAAGAGCGUUUUGGGCUUUUCGCAGACUAGGUUUUUUGCAGGUCCAUCAGAAAAAAUGGUCUGAAGCAGUUCAAAGUCUUCAGCAGGCCAUUAGAGGAUAUCCUACGUCUGCUGAUUUAUGGGAGGCUUUAGGUCUUGCCUAUCAGCGAUUGAGUAUGUUCACAGCAGCUAUUAAGUCAUAUGCUCGAGCUAUUGAGUUGGAAGAGUCAAGAGUAUUUGCCUUGAUUGAGAGCGGAUAUGUCUUCUUGAUGCUUGGUUCACACCGAAAGGGAGUUGAGCAGUUUCAGAAAGCUUUACAGAUAUCAUCUGAAAAUGUAGCCGCACACUAUGGGCUUGGAUGUGGGCUUCUUGAGUUAUCAAAGGAAUGUAUAAGUUCAGGUGCAUUUAAAUGGGGAGCUUCAAUAUUAGAGGAGGCAUCAAAUGUCACAAACACUGGUACAUGUUUGGCCAAAAAUGUUUCAUCCAUGUGGAAGUUGCAUGGUGAUAUUCAGCUUACAUAUGCAAAGUGUUUCCCGUGGAUGGAUGAAGACAUUAUCUUAGAAACAAAUGAGAAAGCUUUGACUGCUUCCAUAUAUUCAUGGAAAAAUACCUGUUCUUCAGCUGCACUUUGUGCCAGACGUUCCUAUCAACAAGCUCUGCAUUUGGCUCCAUGGCAAGCUAACAUCUACACAGAUAUUGCUAUCACAAUAGAUGUCAUAAACUCUUUUAAAGAGGAGGAGAAUCAUGACCUUAUCAAAAGGAAGUUACCUGAGAAAAUGAUUCUAGGGGGAUUAUUACUUGAGAGUCAUAAUAAUGAGUUCUGGGUUGCAUUGGGAUGCUUAUCACAUCAUGUGGAGUUGAAACAACAUGCUUUUAUCAGGUCACUACAGUUGGAUGUCUCAUUAGCUGCUGCUUGGGCAUAUCUUGGGAAGUUGUACAGAGAGCAAGGUGAAAAGAAAUUGGCCCAAGAUGCAUUUGAUCGUGCCAGGAGUAUUGAUCCUUCGCUUGCAUUACCGUGGGCAGGCAUGUCAGCUGAUAUGUCCAUUAGGGAAAUCAAGGCAGAUGAAGCUUAUGAUUGUUGUUUACGUGCAGUCCAGAUACUGCCGCUUCCAGAAUUUCAGAUGGGUCUUGCAAAGCUUGCUCUGCUUUCUGGUCAACUUUCGUCUUCGGAGGUAUUUGGACCCAUACGCCAAGCCUUGCAUCAUGCACCACAAUAUCCCGAAUGUCACAAUCUUCUUGGUCUUGUUUGUGAGGCCCGAUGCGAUUAUCUAUCUGCUAUUACCUCUUAUAGGUUAGCACGUUGUGCAGUCAACACUUCCUCUCGUGACACUCAAAAACUUCUUGAUAUAUCUUUAAAUUUGGCAAGGACAUGCUGUAAGGCUGGUAGAGCUUAUGAAGCGGUGCAAAUAUGUGAAGAAUUAAAGAAAAAAGGUGUUCUUGACCGGGAGGGUUUGCAUAUAUAUGCUUUAUCUUCAUGGCAACUUGGCAAAAAUGAUCAGGCUUUGUCUGUUGUGAGAAUUCUAGCUGCUAGUGUCAAAUCAUUGGAACCAAAGUUGGCAUCCACCUCCAUAAGUUUCAUAUGUAGAAUGCUUUAUUACAUUUCUGGACGGGAAGCAGUGAUGGCAAGCAUUCUGAAAAUGCCCACAGAUUUAUUCAAAAGUUCAAAAGUUAGUUUUGUGGUAUCUGCCAUUCAUAUUUUGGCUCAAAGCAAUCAGCUUGAGCAAGUUGUGGCCAAUAGUCGAUCUUCCUUAUCAAAUCAUGAUGAAAUUACUGGAAUGCAUUUUUUAAUAACACUAAGUAAAUUGGUAAAAAGUGGUUCAGAGGAUCAUUUGGGAGUUCAGAAUGGGAUAAAUCACCUUACGAAAACUCUACAUAAAUACCCUAAUAGUUAUCUGUUAAGGAACUUUCUGGGAUAUCUUUUAAUCUGUAGUAAUGAACAGAAAGAUACUCACUUGUCUACUAGAUGUUUCACUGUGAGAAAUACUCCUUCAGAGUGUCCCAAGGAAGAGAGUUUAAGACGUGCACCUGAGAUCCUUGGUGCCAGUGCUGUUGCCUGCUAUACAACCGGCAAUCUAAACUAUAAAUACUCUUUUCCUUCUUGUAAAAACCAAUCAACACAUCAGCAUGGAUCUCUUAAAUUAAUGCAAAGGUGGUACCAUCAAGAACCAUGGAAUAAAAAUGCAAGAUACCUGCUAAUUCUUAACUAUAUUCAGAAAGCACGUGAAGAGAGAUACCCUCAGCAUAUAUGCAUGGGACUUGAACGAUUGACUAAUCUGGCUCUUUCAGACGAAUUUCGUGAAUAUCAAAAGUUUCAACUUUCUCUUUGUGCUUCUGAGAUAUCUUUACAAAGUGGAAACCAGGUUGCCAGCGUAAAUCAUGCUAAAAGUGCUUCAAAGCUUUCUCUGCCUGAUGGGUAUCUCUUCUUUUCCCACUUGCAAUUAUGUCGUGCCUAUGCUGCAGAAGAUCACCGGGACCUCUUACGUGAAGAGUAUAUGAGAUGUUUGGAUCUGAGAACAGAUUAUCAUAUUGGUUUUACAUGUCUAAAAUAUAUUGAAUGUCUCUAUGAGCUACAAAGAGAUGGAAAUAUAAUUGAAUUGAUGUUUGAAGAAUGUUCAAAGGAUAUCAAGUAUUCAUCGAAUAUCUGGACGGCCAUAUUAAAAUUAGUCCAGGGCCUGAUUGCUGUUUGGAAUCAGGAUUUUCUUGGGGCCGAGGAGUUGUUUGCACAUGCUUGUUCAUUGAAUGGUUCUGAAAGCUGUCUGUUUUUGUGUCAUGGUGCCAUCUGUAUGGAACUAGCCAGACAGCAAUGCAACUCAGACUACUUGCUGCUUGCCGUUGGGAGUCUGAAGAAAGCUAGAGAUGUUUCUCUUUCCCCGAUACCGAUCCUGCAACUGUUGCUAGCACAAGCAGAAGCAAGCCUCGGAUAUAAAGGCCAAUGGGAACAUUACCUUAAGCUUGAAUGGUCGUCUUGGCCCCCAGAGAGGAGGCCCGCUGAGGUCUAUCUUCAAAUGCAUUUGCUUCUAAAAUCUUCCGAAGAUGGAAGAAUGAAACAGUAUCAGAAAAAUCCUUUGAGAUGGAUUCUUCAAGCAAUACACAUGAAUCCAUCUUGUUCAAGAUAUUGGAAAGCUUUACAGAAUUCGUGAUUAGUACCUUGAUUCUAGCUAUAUGUUUUCUUAUGUUUGUUUUGAGGAACUACCAUCUUCUGGUAACCUUUUAUGGCAUCAAUCUGUAACGUUUAUCAAAUGUACAAUCAAUACUACGAAAUUUGAGUUUAGAGAAAACAUGGCAUUGGAAUACGCGGUGUUUUGGAAAGGAAAUGAGAAUGUAACAUUGUCGUUGAACAAUGCUUAAAACUAUGACCAUUGCAGUUGAAAAUCUUGGUCUGAGGUAGACGAACGGUGCAAAAAAGAAUGGCAACAAGUAGCAUAUCCCGAAAGGAGUAACAUGAAGAGCUAGUAACUCGAAACAAUACAUAUAAACAGAUAUUCAGACAACAUCUUUAACAUAUAAAAGCAAGAACUAACGCAACAGCUCAUUUCGGUUGGUAGUUUAUUUUGAUUUUUGACAAAAGAAAGCCUGCAGCAUAUUUAUUAAACUCAAAGUGUACAGAGAACAUUGUUGACAGUUCUCUUGGCAAUUGUUAGUUGUUAGUACAUGUAAAGUAUCCAUAGUGACAGAAGAUACGUUAUUAUCUAACAAUGUACUCUUUAUGUUCGUUACUCCCACAUAUUUCGGAACUCUUUUGUCUUCACUAAA